AUGGGCGUCGAUUCCACCUUGUACACCGUCACCUGUGAUACUUCCUAUAUAUCUCCUGCUCCCAAGAAGGUAAAGGAGGGCGUAUCCCCCGAGGACUAUGCUCGGCUAUGUACGGCGGAGCCAGCCUGCCAUACCAUGGUCUGGCAUUCUAGAAACUGCUGGCAGUCCGAUAAAAUAGACGCCGUCUCAUUCCGCGUCCCAGGCGCUGUACUAUUGAUACCAGGCGAGAAACAUGAUCCCGUCACUGGACCAUCCCCUAGCGAGGGGCAACAGAAAUGCCUCGAGGAGAAGGAGCUGUUGGCACAGGAGAAGGAGCAAUAG